UUUUAUAUGAGUCAAAAAAGGGAUCCAAAUAUGAAUAGCGGCGUCAAAUCGGCGGGAAUUGAUUCACCCAAAACCCCAGGCGGAAUAAGUAAAUCUCUACUAACACCAUGUAGGAGAGUGGGAUUAUCAAGAAAGUGGGGUAAAAGAGGACCAUCACCAUUUAUAUCUCCACUUUCUAAUGGAAAAAGUAGCAGUGCAGACGUUAAAGUGGAAAAGGAUAAUAAAAAACGAAAGAGAUGUAACAGUGAAGAUACAGAUUCUAUUCAUGAGAUUGAAACAGAAAUAAAUUCUACACCGAAAUCCACUAUAAGCACUUCCAACAAUACAAAAUAUGACACACCUGUACGAAAUGUUUCACUAUCUAAAAAGAAAUCCAAGACUUUAUUAAUGAAAGAAAUUAAGGAAGCUGAGAACAUUGAUAUUAUCAAAGAUGUGGACCCAAUACUAAAAGAAACUAAAAGUGAGAAUUCCGAAACAAUUUCUAAUAAUUCAACAAUAAAUAAAUCUAGUCCGUUAUCAAAAUUGUCUAGAACAAAUUCAAAAAGUAAAUUAGUUUCUAAAAAAAUAGCAGAAAAUAAUGUUGAAGAGGAAUCUCUUAUAACUGAUAAUGAAAGCAAGGAAAAUGGGGACACUAAAUGUGAAAAGACUGUAAAGAAAAGAAGUCCUAAUAAUUUAACUAAAGAAUGUGUAGUUUUAAUUCAAAAGAAAAUGAUCAAAAGGUUGAAAUUAGAUAAGGUUGAACAAGAAAAUAGUAACGCAAAUAACUCUAUUUCACAAACUCUUUUUGAUUCUGAUUCAGACGACACUCCGCUAUGUGCAUUGAGUAAAAAAGAAAACGUAAAAACCAACACGGACUUAGAUAAUGAUUUUAUUGAUACUAAAGUUGUAAAAUUACAAGACAAGAAAACAUCAACAACAGGUCUGAAAACAAAAAUAAAAAAUAUAGUUAUACCGAAAUUAAAACCAAAGAUUAUAGAAAUAAACACAUCUCAAAACUCAUUUGAAGAUGAUGAUGAUUUUGAAUGCUUUAAUAAAAGAACAAUUUUGGUUAAGAAAUCCUAUGACAAAGUAAUUAAGCCUGUCAAAGCUAAAUCAACUGGGUCAAUAACGCAAAGGGAUAUUGAUGAAUUAAAAGCAAGAAUAGAGAUGAAGAAGAAUUUAUUAGUUGCUAAAACGAUGAGUGAGGAUACGGAAGAAUUACGAAAUUUAAUAAAGAAGUGGCAAAGGGGAUGCCAGGAAGCUCUCUUUGAACUAUUUGAUCUGAUGCGAAAUAAAUUUCCUGAUAAAAAGAAUAUGGAUUACUCUGAAAUAUUGCAGACACUCAAAAUACCGCCAGAUUUAGUUGGUUAUGAUGUAGAAAAUGAUUGUUUUGUUACUCCAGAUGAUAGAAGCUUAAUUUUAUCUAGUAUUAAUACAUAAUGUUAUGUUAAGAAAUAAAUUAUAUUUUUAUGAA